GUGUCUCACCCUCCCAAUAAAAGUUGAGCUGUGCUGUUCUUGCUGUAGUCUACGGCUGGCUGUCAUUUCACUUGUAGUCAUGUUCCUUCAUUAUUGUCUGCCUUUGCUGACUCUCUUCUUGCUGUCUGGUGCAUCUGAUCCAGGCUGUGAAGAACUCAUUAAGCCUGUGGAGGAUAAAAGCAAGCUUUCGGGAAAAUGGAUAUUUCAUUUUGGAACAUCAGACAGCGCGGAGCAAUUAAAAGAGUUUAAAACACUGCAGAGCUACUGGGCCGAACAGUCACCCAUACCAGACAGUAACGACAUUUUCGUUCGCUACGCAGACAAAAUAGACGGAAAAUGUUAUCAUGGAAAUAUUACUGCCACCUUCUUAGGAAACUCUACCAAAGCUGCAUAUCACUUUAAUUCCUCUGAUCAUGAGCAUAUUGGGGAGUAUCUGGCGACAUGCCCUGACUGCUUGCUUUGGACAGACAACUAUGUGUCAUGGGUCAAAGGUGAAACCAGAAAAAGCAGAAGCUUCUUCUUCUACACAAAGAAUGGGACAUUGGAUGCCUCCCAUCUUGAAGUCCUUAAGAAACAGGCUGCAUGCCUCAACUUCACACUAGAUUUCCACUUUACAAACACUAUAGAUCUGUGUCCCGAUGAGAAGGAAGCCGCUGCAGAUGCAAGGCAGGAAGAGCAAUAAAGAAAAACACAUUUAAGCUUUGUCUCAAAUCUGUCCCGAGAGCUGAAAUUACUCAGUGUUAUGAAAUUUGUAUUUAGAUGUGCAUUUAGUGUAUCAGAGAUGUGGAGAAAACACAUUCAGCUUGCAGUGGAUUCAGUGCAGGACAAGGACAAGUGUUUGUUAAAGUGUUGAAGUUAUUGUCUCACCCAUCUGAUUUUGUUUUUUUUUUUCUUGGAUUAAUAAAUUUGGAGAAAAACAACUAUA